AUGGCGUACGCCGGAGAUCUUCAUUUGGUCACGGAGGUGUGGUGGCAGAGCUCGGUGGCCAGGGCCAAUUGGUCGACAACAUUACGGUCGACGGAGGAGAUGACAAUGGAUUCGAGGGCGGGUAAACCAGCUCAGACGGGUUGGCGGCUGACGGAGUUCGACGUGGAGCCGCCGGAGAUGCAGACGCCUUCGCCUGCGGCCGCCGGAGACGCAGAAGCCGUUAUUCACGGCGCCUGCUUGCGGUGGUCGACGAGAGAGCGGGCGGAGGGCGAUGCGGCGGCGAACAGGCGGUGGCGACGACGGACAGACGGUGGCGACAGCGGACAUACGGUGGCGACGGCGGACGGGAGGUGCGGACUGACGGUGGUUUUGCCAUGA